AUGACCAUGAUGAGCGUUCUGGCUAACGCGCUCCGCAGCAUUGCGAGCGCUGAGCGCCGUGGCAAGCGCCAGGUGCUUAUCCGCCCUUCCUCCAAGGUCGUUGUGAAGUUCCUGCAGGUGAUGCAGAAGCACGGCUAUAUUGGUGAGUUUGAGAUCAUUGAUGACCACCGUGCCGGCAAGAUUGUGGUGAACCUCAAUGGUCGUCUCAACAAGUGCGGCGCCAUCUGCCCACGCUUUGACUGCACGGCCCGUGACUUUGAGAAGUGGGUGAAGAACAUUCUUCCCAGCCGUCAGUUUGGCUUUGUGGUGCUUACAACAUCCCUUGGCAUCAUGGACCACGAGGAGGCCAGGAGCCGCAACACUGGUGGAAAGGUUCUUGGAUUUUUCUAUUAG